GUCGCUGCAGGAUUAGCUACCCUCGCAGUUAGGAGACCGCAAUUGACGUCCGAACAGGGACCCCCGAAGAGACCCCGUAACCCCGAUUGCAGUGCUGGCCACGGCAUGACUGGAGGAAAGGAGCUUGAUCACGAGUCUGCAGCUCGGGAAAAGGAUCCCGAUGGGUACCAGUCAAAUGGACCAGACCUUAUUCGUUGGAUGAACAGACUGAGACUAAGACGACCCAGAGGAAAAAAAAAAGAUCAAGGAAGAUAAUGAAAAUGCAGAAGACAAGACUAUUGACUCUAAUCACUAUGAUGACACAGUUGGCGAUUAGCUCAGCCAGCUCAGAUAAACAAGUUCAUUGGGUGGUGUGGGAAAGACCACCCUGGGUCAAUAUUGUUGAAUUACAAGAGGUGAUUCCGGAGGUUACCUUGCAUAUACAACAACAAGGUGUUGAUAAUGGACAUGGGUGGAAUCUCACUGUGGUAUCAGGAGAGCUGAAAUAUCCUCCCUUAUUGAAUGUUCACCCCGAGGUACUGAACUAUAAAUCAGUCUCUUUCAACUGGACAGGUUUGACUUUUAACCCCCCACUCUGUUAUAAUCACAAUUCUUGUUUACCUCUGACUAAUCUCACUGAUCAUUUUUAUGGGGCUCUUCAAAUUGGGGAACAAAAAGGACAAUCUCGGCUCCAAGGCAACUUCACUGCCUGGGCUAAGAUCUCCUAUCAAGGUUGGAAAGGAACCAUCACAAACCAGACCAAUACCACUAUCCAAAGUGAUCAUUGUCCUUAUCAAACUCAAUGGCAAAUGCCUUUUACAAGUGUACAGGGGGUUUUCCCUCCUUUGUUAAAAUGUGAUAGGACGGAAGUGGAGAUUGUACAGUACUAUAAUUUGACCUUCUUUUCACAGCAUAAUGAUACCUUAUGUCAUAAUAAUUCAUUCCCACAUGCACCUUCCAAAAGAAAUGCUGCCUGUUUUAUAGGGGGUUUUGCAUUACCCUGCUGGAGGUCGUUCGACCAGAUACCCGACAGAGCCAGGGGAUAUAGUUAUAGUAAAAUUCCUUUGGCUAUGUUUGGAAUUCAGGUCCAUAACUAUAGGGUACUAGUUCUCAAUAACACAGGAAAUCCUAUUCCUCAUUAUAUGUCAGGAAGAUAUAACCUUACAGCUUGUAUGUCGGGAGAUUAUGCUUUCCUGUCUGGUCCAAAGGACAGUAUUAUUAUUAACCACACUAGCACUCAUUGGAAUAUAAGUUGUAACAAUUGUAAUGUUUCAGAAUGUGUGGACCAGUCUCAUCACGAUAAGACAGUGUUGGUUGUUAAAAGACCUUCUAUGGCACUUAUGACCGCCAAGCAUGAAGGAGCUUGGUAUGGUACCCCUGCCGAUAAAACAAUAGACAAGUUAAAUCAGCUGAUAAUUCACCGGCAAAAGAGGUGUAUUUCCUGUAUAAUUCUAGGAAUCGUGGCUCUACUAUCUGCCAUAACAGCCGCGACUACUGGAGGCAUUGCUUUAUCCCAGUCAGUAGCUAAUGUUAGAACCUUACAACAUGAUGCUUCUUAUCUGCACUCCUUAGCCGCUAAUGUAACAGAUGCUUUGAAAAUUCAAAAUGAAGUUAAUCAACAGUUUUUUAAUGCUAUCAAUCAAGUAGCUAAAAAUGUACUAUUGUUAAAUGAAGAAGUUAAACAUUUAGCCAUUAAAGCUAAAUUGCGCUGUGAUUACCGGUAUACCGCAUUUUGCUUAUUACCUGUAAAAGUGAAUAAUACCUUAGAUCCUUUUGAGAAAAUUAGUAAAGACUUACAAGGGUUGUGGAUGAAGGGUAACGUUACAGAAGAUAUGCAAAAGUUGGAACAGAUAAUUAAGGAUAUGGAUGAGGCCUUGAAAGAGGACCUAUCCCCAGAGCACAUUGCUGAGAAAUGGUAUGAGUGGUUACAGUCUGGCCGAGCUUUAUGGUCCCCCCUUGGACAUUUGGUUGUUACUAUGAUUUCUUUUGUUAUUAUUCUUAUAGUGGUAGUUCUAAUCCUGCCGUGUAUCCUUCGCUUUGUUGUGAGUAAUCUUUUAACCUUGGGUCGAGUAAUUCUGCAGCAGAAAGCAUUGCUAACAAAAAGGGGGAAUUGCAGUGAUGGCUCUGCCUCCUCUUCCCCCUCCCUACAUGCAAGGUCUUAAUCUGCUGACAGAGCACCCCUGAACAGGGCCCCUUGGUAAGGAACAAAACAACAAGUACAGGAUAAGCAGGUUCCAGGAAGUGAACUUUGAUGUUUUGCUAGAAACCAGUUUCUGGGAAUUGUUUUUCACUGAGCUAUCCCGCAUAUCUCAGCUUGUGGUUUUUGCCUUUAUAUACUCUGGCUUGCCUAAUAAAGAUGGUCACUAUGCACUCCA